AUGUCCUCCAAAACGACACCGGCCAUCCCGGUAGCCCUAGAUGCCAUUACUCAACAUAUUGGCAACACCCCUCUUGUGAGGCUGAACAAGCUACCUCAAAGCCUCGGAAUUGAGGCGACAGUGUAUGCGAAGUUAGAGUACUUCAAUGCAGGUGGCAGCGUCAAAGACCGGAUAGCUCUUCGCAUGAUUGAAGAAGCCGAACGGUCAGGACGUAUCAAGCCAGGCGACACGCUGAUCGAACCUACCAGCGGUAAUACUGGUAUUGGGCUGGCUCUUGUCGCGGCCGUCAAAGGCUACAAGACCAUUAUCACUCUCCCAGAGAAGAUGUCCGCCGAGAAGGUCUCUGUUCUCAAAGCGCUCAACGCGACCAUUAUCCGAACUCCUAACGAAGCUGCAUACGACUCCCCCGAAUCUCACAUCGGCGUUGCAAAGCGUCUCGAAAAGGAGCUACCAAAUGCGCACAUUCUGGACCAGUAUGCCAACCCAAACAACCCAUCGGCUCAUGAACUUGGCACCGCGGAGGAGAUAUGGACCCAAACAAAGGGAGAAAUCACAGCUAUCGUUGCUGGUGCGGGCACUGGUGGAACAAUCACCGGGCUCUCUCGGGGCCUGAAGAAGCACAACCCCAACGUCCAAGUGAUUGCUGCGGACCCUCAAGGAUCCAUACUGGCGUUACCAGCUGUGCUAAAUGAGGAGCACGCCAAUGAGUCAUACAAGGUUGAAGGUAUUGGAUACGACUUCAUCCCCCAGGUGCUCGACCAACAUGCCGUCGACAAGUGGUACAAGACAGAAGACAAGGAAUCCUUCCAGUAUUCUCGCCGGUUAAUAGCCGAGGAGGGUCUGCUUGUUGGUGGCAGCAGCGGAAGCGCAAUCGCGGCCCUAACAAAGGCCGCAAAGGACAACCAGUUCAAGAAGGGUGAUGUCGUCGUCGUGGUUCUGCCGGACAGCAUCCGAAGCUACCUCACCAAGUUCGCCGACGACGACUGGCUUGCCGCAAACGAUCUUCUACCCUCACUCCCGACUGAAGUCACUAUUGAAUCCUCCGACAAGCAGAGCCAAGGACAAUAUGACGCUUUUGCCUCCACAAAGGUCCGCUCUCUACGACUGAAGCCAGUAACAACAGUCCAUUCCAACAUCCCUUGCGAAACCGCCAUCGAAGUCAUGCGCGACAGAGGCUUCGAUCAGCUUCCCGUCCUCGCACCGUCGGGCAAAAAGCUGGUCGGCCUCGUCACACUCGGAAACGUCCUUAGCAGACUGACGCACAACCGCGCGACCGGCAAGAGUCCCGUUGCCGACGUCAUGUUCGAUUUCCGUACCAUCUCCGAGGUUGUUACGGACCCUCGAGAUAUGGGUCUCGCGAGCUUCAGACCCGAUCAGAACGGGCAGGAUGUUCCCAAGCCGCAGAUCAGGAAUCGGAAGUUCGUUGAGAUUACCAUGGAUACACCUCUAAGUGUACUAAACCGCUUCUUUGAGUGGAACAGUGCGGCUAUUGUUACGGAGAAAGACGAGAGUGGGACCCUAAGACCCGUGGCCGUUGUCACAAAGGUUGAUCUUCUUACAUGGAUGCUCCACCAUAAGAAGAACGGCGUAUCCGAAUAG